AUGGCGACGGCUGGCAAGUCGGCAGAUGACGGCGCUGCACAGGAAGCUGGAGGAGCAUCCGCGGUUGCAGUUGCGAAAACAUCCAACCGAACGGCUGCAGAACAAGGGGCAGCAGCUGAAGGUGUGGCAGGCGAGAAGGAAGCAGCAGAGGAGGCGGCUGUGGAGAAAGCGGCCGCAGAGAAGAUGGCCGCUGAAAAGGCGGCAGCUGACAGGGCAGCUGCUCAGCACGCUGCGGAAGAGAAGGCAGCUGCUGAAAAGGCGGCCGCCGAGAAGGCAGCAAAGGCAGCAGCUGAGCAAGCCGCAGCAGACAAGGCCGCGGCAGAGAAGGUUGCCGCGGAGAGGGCCGCAGCUGAGAAAGCGGCCGCAGAGAAGGCGGCGGCAGAGAAGGCCGCGGCUGACAAAGUGCUUGCUCAGAAGGCGCAGGAGCAGGCCGAGGGAAGCGAGGUCAAUCACGCUUUGAAGUCAUGCAUGAUUGUGUAA